ACGGGAGGGUAAUGACGUCAUGAUCGAUUGGCAACGAGAAGUUGUUUUUAGAAAGGAAUUGUACUUCCUGUGCUCCGCUAUACUGUACAUCCUGUACACGCUAGACCCGCUCGACACGUACUCCACAAUUCUGCGAUGCUUGGCGUUUAUCGUGUAUACCGUGUAUACAAUUAUCAGUUCUAGUUCCUGUGUUUGUUUGGAGAGCGGAGCUGGUGGACUGGAGGGACUGGAGCGGGAUUGAGCGUUUUGGUAUUAGCUGGAUUAGGAGGCACACCAAACGCCAUAUUUGUGACUGCUGCAAUGGCAGAACAACAACCUGGAGGAAGAGCACGGGGUCGUGCUCGUGGCAGAGCUCGUGGGCAACAGCAGGGACAGACUGGAAUACGCCCUGGGGAGGAGCGUACUGUGCCACAGAUACAGCCACGCCCCCCUCCAGGGUUUCAGCAGCAGCCUCAAGGUGCAAGACCUCGGCAGUUGGAAGCAAGACCACCACAACAGCAGCAGCAGCAGCAGGUUGGCCCUGCUCUGCGUAGCGGAAGGUCACUUCAUCGUGUCAGUGCCCAUGGGGACCCCCAGCCAGGGGAUGGUGGUCUGGCUGGACAAAUGAGGCAAAUGUCGAUUGGAGGGGAUGAUGGGAAUGGAAAUGGAAAUGGAGGACCAGUAGGUCGGGGUGGCAUGCGCGGGCGUCGUCAGAUAAAUGUUGACAUUACGCGUACUCGGCCACUCAACUUGAACACUAAGCAAGGUACAUCAGGUCAACAGGUGAUGCUAAAGGCUAAUUACUUCAGAUUGGAAACUCACACAGAUUGGUGUUUGUACCAGUACCGUGUCGAUUUUGCUCCUGAAGAGGACAGGACACGUAUACGCAAAGCAUUAUUGCGUAACCACCAGGCUGUGUUAGGCAGUUACAUCUUUGAUGGUACUGUGAUGUACACUAGUCAUCGCCUUAGUCAGGAUAAAAUUGAAUUAUUUUCCAUCCGGGCAUCAGAUGAAACAAAAGUUCGCAUCAUGGUGGGUUUAGUUGGUGAUAUGAAAGAAGGAGAUUUCCACUACUUACAGUUCUUCAAUAUCCUUAUGCGGAAGGCUCUUUCCCAUCUGGAACUGGAGCUUGUAGGGCGCAACUUCUUUGAUGCAAAAGCAAAGAUUGUUGUAGCAAAACACAAGUUGGAACUUUGGCCUGGCUAUCUGACAUCGAUCCGUCAGCAUGAGGCUGACAUACUGAUGUGCUGUGAAAUCACACACAAAGUUAUGCGACAGGAUACUAUCCUGGACUUAUUGACAGAGUGUCUACAUCGUGGAGAACAAAAUUACCGGAAUGUGUUCACUAAAGCAGUCCUUGGCUGUAUUGUCCUGACUGGGUAUAACAAUCGGACAUACCGUGUGGAUGAUGUGGAUUUUGAGCUUUCCCCAAGGAACACAUUUAAACUUCGCAGUGGCGAAAAUAUCUCAUAUGUAGAUUAUUACCUUCAGAAACACCAGCAGAAAAUAGAGUGUUUGGAUCAGCCAUUGCUGAUCUCUCGUUCAAAGCCGAGAGAGCUGCGGGAUGGGAAGCCUGAAUUUAUUUACCUUGUUCCUGAGCUGUGCAGGAUGACAGGUCUGACAGAAGUUAUGAGAGGAAAUUUCCUUUUGAUGAAAGAUCUUUCCCAGUACACACGUGUUAAUCCUGGAAAUAGGAUAGAGAGGCUGAAUGGUUUCAACAAGCGCCUCAGAGACCAGCCCCAAGUACAAAAAGAAAUGGAGGAGUGGAAUAUGAAGCUAGCUACAAAGCUAGUGGAAUUCCAAGGCCGUAUUCUUCCGCAAGAGAAGAUAGUGCAAGGAGGACAUUCAGGUCAAGCAGUGAAGUAUGAACCUGGGUACCAGACGGACUGGACGAAGGAAUUGCGCAGUAACCCAUUGUUGGUGAUUCCUACACUCAAGAAUUGGGUUGUGAUCUGUCCAAACAGACUGAAAAGAGAUACUCAGAGCUUUGUAACCACUAUGAUUCGUGCUGCUCAGGGUAUGCGGUUUGUCGUCCCGCAUCCACAUUUCCAUGAUAUUGGAAAUGAUUUUAUAGUAUCAUAUGUUCGGGCAUUGGAAGAAGUAAUCUCAAGCAUAGACCCCCAGCUGAUAAUGUGCAUUGUUUCAAGUAAUCGCUUGGACUGCUAUUCUGCGAUCAAAAAGAAGUGUUGUGUGGACAGAGCAGUGCCAACUCAGGUGAUAGCGGCCAAGAGCUUGACUGCCAAGGGACUGAUGUCCAUAGCUACAAAAGUGGCUAUUCAGAUGUGCUGUAAAAUUGGUGGUGCCCCCUGGACUGUUGAAAUUCCACUCAAUGGGUUGAUGGUGGUUGGAUUUGAUGUGUGUCAUGAACCCGGAAGCAAAACCACAUCAUAUGGAGCCUUUGUUGCUUCGCUGGAUAAGGCAAUGAGCCGUUACUUCUCAGCUGUGUCUGCCCACUCCUCAGGAGAGGAAGUGAGCAAUAACAUAACAGCACACAUGGCCACUGCCCUUCACAAGUACAAGGAGUACAAUAAUGGAGCCCUUCCCCAGCGAAUUGUGAUAUAUAGGGAUGGAGUAGGUGAGGGUGAUAUCCGUUAUGUGUACGAGUAUGAGGUAGAACUCUUGAAGAAGGAGUUAAACCAUAUGUAUGGCGGCCAACCAUUCAAAAUGGCGUUCAUUAUUGUAACAAAGAGAAUUAAUACCAGAUUGUUCCUAAGAGACGACAACCCUCCUCCAGGCACUGUUGCUGAUCAGUGCAUCACUUUGCCUGAAAGAUAUGACUUCUUCCUUGUGUCACAGUCAGUUCGCCAGGGCACUGUAAGUCCAACAUCAUACAAUGUCAUCAGUGAUAAUGUUGGACUUGACCCUGAUAAGCUUCAGAGGCUCACAUACAAACUUACGCAUCUUUACUUCAACUGGAGUGGAACUGUACGAGUGCCUGCACCGUGUCAGUAUGCCCACAAGUUGGCAUACCUGGUGGGCCAGGCCAUUCGCCAGCCUCCAAGCUCAAGACUGCAAGGCCUUCUGUAUUUUCUGUAGCACACAGGACAAGGGUCUUCAGCUACUUUACAGCAGUGCUGAUGUAUUUGUUUCCUGUCAGGAUUUGAACUGGAGUUGCAGCUGAACAGGAAUAUAAGAAAAUGCUUUCUUUUUUUAUUAAGUUCAGUUAAGAAGACUUUUUUUUUACUCUCAUAUAUUCAUUUUGUACUUAGUGGUUCAGUUAAUUUAGUUUUUCUUGUGAUAAAUAUGAGUACAAACAUCCAAUAUGUUAUGUGGCAUUUUCAGCAGCAUUGCUUUGGAUGUGGCUUGCAUGUACAGACUUGCACCAGCAAAUGUUACAAAGAUAUUGUGUCUGAAUCAGGACUAUAAGUUUGGUAUGAACCUAUAAUCUUGGUCAGUAAAUAUUCUCAAAUUGUGAAAACAGUUUUACAUUUUUGACUUAAUAUAAAGCAGUUAUUACAUUCUGUUUUGUUUAAAGAGAUGCUGUUCUUGAAAGAAAUAAAGAUAGAUAUGUUUUUGUAUUUUCAUACAUAUAUAUAAAAGUUUGAAGUUUAGAGUUUUUAAAAGUGAAUUUACGGUGGCAUCCUUGCUAUCCUGGGCGGUCCAUUCCACCUUUUCCUUUGUGUAGAAGUUUUGAGCAAAAAUGUUUGGAAGCCUGGAAAUUACCUUCAGAGCAGGUGACUGUACUACCCCGUGUGUGUGUGUGUGUAUUGUACACGUAUGCAAUUCAGAUGUUUAUUUUUCAGUCUCAGCCUUUGAGGAUCUUCAUAUAACUGUUUUUUCUUACCUAUCUUGCACUGUGAAAAAUAUGGCUAGUUUUAUAAAUUCAUUUUGUGUUGAAAAUGUUGGUCAAGUAGAGAAAAUUCUAAUCCCUGUUCUCAAAACUAUUCCAGAUUCUUGUCUCAAACUGAAAAGUCAUUCUUCCACAUGCCUACUAUGUAGUUAUCCCCCCUUAGCAUGUUUUGCUUCAUAAAAUUUAGCACAUCAGACAUCAAAUUUCCAUAUUUAAAAUGUGUUUAAAAUGUUUCAUGGGUAAUUCUGUAUUUAAGCAUCCUGUUGCAAGCCAUAUUAAAACAUUUAUGUAUAACACAGUCCAUCAGUAAUGCAACAGAUUGUUCCUUUUUCUACCACCUAUACUUUAACACGACGUGUUUCGGCCUUAGAUGGCCAUCUUCAGGUGUCUUAAUAUAUUAAAACUGCUACACUGCAUUAAUAUGUGCUAAAAUCACCCGCUCUAGUGCACUUAAUACAAUAAAAUAAAAUCCAUUAAAAUUUCCUGUUAACAUCUUCAUUACUUUGGUGAAAUUCUAUUCCACCUCACAAGGGGUACCGUCCAUUUGUUUAGAACUCUUAUGUUUUUCUCCAGGUGUUUUGUUGCAGCAGCUUGUUUUUAUGUUCAUUAGCCAAUUCUGUUACAUCUGCAGUCUGUAAUAUGCCCCUUGCUUGUUUGUUGUUCCCUCUGGCAGCAUCCCUAGUGCACUGGCAGAUUGCAGAUGUAACACAGUGGGCUAAUGAACAUAAAAACAAGCUGCUGCAAUAAAACACAUGGAGAGAAACAUGUAGUUGUAAACAAAUGGAUGAUACCCCUUUUGAGGUGGAAUAGAAUUUCACCAAAGUAAUGAACAUUUUAAUUUAUUUUAUUAAGUGCACCACAGCGUGUAAUUUUACUGCAUAUUAAUGCAGUGUAGCAGUUUUAAUAUAUUAAGACACCUGAAGAUGGCCAUCUAAGGCCGAAACAUGUGUUAAAGUAUAGGUGGAAGAAAAAGGAACAAUUUGUUGCAUUAUCAGUGGACUGUGUUAUACUUAGACAUUUCAUGGGUAGUUUGAACCCAUAUUUGUAAUUAUUUUUUCCUGAAUUAUCUGCUAUGCUAAAUUAUGAAUGAAGGAACUUUCAGAUGGUAUAUCUUGGAUGACCAUUUCGCAAUGAAUCUUGCCUAGGUGUGAAAUCUUAUCUGGAAGCCACAGGAGAUAGUAGACUACACAUGCUCUUCGUUUUCUUCCAGCCUCUCAUGUAUGAAAGAUUUACAUAUUCAUGUUGAUCAUCACUUUGAUUCAUGGUUCAAAUAUAUUUUCAUGAAUGGAAGUAGAAAAUUAGAUAUGAUACUUUAUUUUAAAUUUUUCCAACUAGAAAUGGCUGACUCAGUUGCUGUUAAAAGAAAUCAUUCAUCUGCUUCCACUUGGAAUAUAUUUCUGGAUAGUAGAAAGGGAAAUUCUGUGAGUGCGUCAAGUGAAGAGCUUACUAAAACCUCUUGUCAUUAGUAUGGAGCAUUUUGAAUUAGAGCUUAUAUAUUUUAAUGUAGUCUGUACUACUAGUAAUGUGUUCAAACAUGUUAAUUGGCAUAUACUGUGUGUCAUAAACAUUCAUUAAUAUUUUCUGUAGUAUAAAAGAUUAUCCACAAAAACUGCAUACUUUUUUAAAAAAAAAUUGUUUGUGCUUGUUAUGAUGGUGUUGACUGUGACUCUGAAUAGAGCAGCCGGCAGUGGGGGAUGUUUGUAUUGUUUAACAAAAAUUGAACACCCACUACUGAGGUAAUUGAAUCACAAGGGAUGUGCUUGGACCCUCACAACCAAGGUAAUUGAAUCACAAGGGAUGUGCACAUUCAUGCAGCCUGCUAAUGCUGUUCUGAAGAGGGAAUUGUUUACUUUUUUGCAUGUGACAGACACCUUCAGUUGUAUCUUCAACUGUUCCAGCCUCUGACUGACAAGUGUAGGAAUUUGUGCGUGAUGUUUGCACUUGUGGAGUGAAUUAUGCUACUUUGGUCAUUGGAUAGUAACUAGCAGUAAGGUCUAUAGCCUGUUGUCAUAUUGAAACUGCAUAUUCUCUGCAUUCCCAGCAUAGAUCUGAGCACUGGAUAUGUGACUGGGGAUGGAACCUAAAACUAUUUGAAAGAGAGAGAGUGGUGCUUGCUGAAGAUCACAAUGUCUCUCAAGUGUAAGUGUACUGGAAUCAGUUAAUAUAAUGUAGAAUGUAAGAGGAAUUGUAUUCCUAGGAAUAGCUUUGUUCUUUUCCUCUGCAUUUUUAUUGUGGAACUUGACUGGUAUCUAGCAGAUUAAGACCAAAGACUGACUACAUACUUAUGGAAAUACUGUGGAUAUUUUCAUGUUAUGUGAGUUGCUACUUUUGUAUGUCCAGUCAAGGUGAAAAAUUCGCUGUGAUUCUAUCUACCUCCAUCCCUAACCAUAUCAAGUGAAUCGAGUUACAUCUUUCUUUAUAUUUUACUACUUUAGUUGGUUUUAAUUUGUGCUAUUGUGCAUAUACUGAUAUUUUAGUUUUUGAAAUAAAUAUGAUGCAGCUGGUUAUCAGCUA